UCUACUUUAACUAUUGCCAUUUGGAAUAGCGUCACCGAAAUGCAGACAUAUGUACGAUCUUGUAUUAGGUCUACAACUUUGCUACGGCAGUAGCAGCAAGUGGUGUUCAGGUGGUUUGUCAUAGGUGUAAUACAAGAAGCUUAGGCAUCUGUAAACAUAAUGUCAUAAAGAUAUUAGUCGAUUUGCUGGCAUCAUAAGGUUAUUCUCAAUUAAGUAUGUCAACUUAUGUACCCAUUUUUCUCCAUUUGUGGGAAGUUUCAAUUUUCUGCUUUAACAUGAAGAAAUCUGUGGCUCUUAAAAUGCUGGGUAAGACCAAUGGUGAUGGAACUAUUAGUGGAAGAACAUGCAGAGAAAGUUUUCAAUGCCUUAAGAACGGUGAUUUUGAUGUCAAAGACCAGCAUGGCAGUGGAAGACAGAACAUGUUUGCAGCUACUGAAACAGAUGAAGACAGUCACAGGACAUCAUUAUCGAAAGCACAAUACAGCGAUAGACAGGUAAAGGUAAUUUUGCAGCAGGUCAUUUCUCGACCCCAUGUCACAAACUCCGUCAAAAUAUACAUGGAAAUGUUAAAAUGAGAGGUCCUGUCCCUCCCGCUGUAUUCUCCGUACAUUGCUCUUUUUCCGACUACCACCUUUUUCGAUCAGUGGCAUACAGUCUGGCUAAAGUGCAAAAUGGAAUCAAUUCAUGGAUCCCGACAGAAGACGCCCAGUUCUUCUGCCACAGGAUUCGUAUGCUAUCCGAAAGAUGGGAGAAUGUAGUGGCUAGUGAUGGGCAAUACUAUGAAUCAUAAUUUUUUGGUGAGUUUUUCACAAUAAUGCCCCGAACUUCAUAAAAAAAUGGCAGAAGCAAAGUUUUAGAUCUAGUACCUUUCUUCUUCUAUCUAACAUCCCAUAUAUUUUUUCCUAGUUAAAGUCAUAGUUUGUAAGAAUGAGGAAAAAAGUUAGCAGAAUUGUUCUUCAUUGGUACUGACAAAAAAGGUAACAUCGUCAUAUUCUUUCGCCAUAGAAGCUGUUUAACUUUUCAUGAGGCUAUUAAUUUCAUAAGUGCUUGUGAUAGUUUGAAAUUAAUAUUAUUCA